AUGGCGGUACGGCGUUCCGCUCGUCUGAGCGCACUUCCCACUAGCAAAGUACCAGUGCUGCAGCCAACCACCACCGCACAAGCCAGGAGCAGCAGCAGCAGCAGCAGCAGCAGCAGCCGCCAACCGAGCAACAAGAUCUCCAAAGCACGAAAACCAUCAGCCAGGGGCAAGAAAGCCCUGCAUGCAACGGCCCCAGAGCAGAUUACCCCUUCAAGCUCGACCCCAGCCAAGUCUACACCCUCAUCCGCCACAGCGCCCUCCGACUCGGAGAACAACAGAUCAGCAGCGCCUGCUAACAUCUGGGACCCCGUGCCUGGUAAUCAUGAUCACAGCGCGAGCAGACCUCGUCAGACCAUCACCCCUCCUCCUCUCGACCGGCCCGUCGAACCGCACCGCACCAACGCUACUCUCCUGACCCCGCACGGCUCCUCACUCGUCGCUUACCCUCCCGGAACGGAGAAUGAGUCGCCCACCAAGACCGGCCGACCACGGCCGACCGCCACGACGGGGACACUCCUCGAGAAAGCAAUUGCCCAUCUCAUCGCGACGGACCCUCGACUCGAACCGAUCAUCAAGGCCCAUCCGUGCCCGCUCUUCACCCCGGAGGGGCUGGCGGAAGAGAUCGACCCCUUCCGAAGCCUGGUCCAGAGCAUCAUUGGACAACAGGUAUCUGGCGCGGCGGCCAAGUCGAUCCGCGAUAAAUUCGUGGCAUUGUUCACAACUACAGGAGAGAACGGGACGGAUGCGGACAGGUUUCCGACGCCGGAGGACAUCAUCAAGAUGGAUAUUGAGACGCUGCGGGCAGCGGGCCUCUCCCAGCGCAAGGCCGAGUAUAUCCUGGGGCUGUCGCAGAAAUUCGCGGACGGGGAAUUGAGCGCGCGGAUGCUGCUGAACGCUACGGACGAGGAGCUGGUCCAGAAGCUGACGGCCGUGAGGGGCUUGGGCCUCUGGUCCGUGGAGAUGUUUGCUUGCUUUGCCUUGAAGCGGAUUGACGUCUUCUCGACCGGUGAUCUGGGCGUGCAGAGAGGAUGCGCCGUGUUUACAGGAAAGGAUGUAAGUAAGUUGAAGGGGAAAGGUGGAGGUAAGUUCAAAUAUAUGGCUGAAAAAGACAUGCUGGAGUUGGCCGCCAAGUACGCCCCAUACAGAAGCCUCUUCAUGUGGUACAUGUGGCGAGUGACAGAUGUAAAUCUCGCCGUGAUGAGCUCAUAGCUCUGGGAAGAGUAAGUGAUGAUAUAAAGGCCCUUGGUCUGCACAGUCCAUCGAAGGAUGCAUAUAAGACUAUAGAGCUGUAUACAGCCAACCUUCUGGGCUAGCUAGCUCCCUAGAUAUAAAAGGAUAUUUGGAUAGCAAGGCGGGCACGACCCAAUGAAUCCAUGC